GGAACUUGUAGGACUGCUGUGUUUCGUGUUACCGUCUUGCUGUUGCCGGUUUGGAUGUUGUGUCGCAUGUUGUGUCACCGACACUGGCAGCUAGCUCGUUAGCUAGCUAGUCGAGCAACUAACUCCACAUGAUGCUGUUCAUGUCACCGGUGUGACCCACAGGACGUGUGUCUCGGCGUUAAAAUAAAUUAUAGCACGUUUUGCCACCAUGUCGCCGUGGUUGAAUUCUUGUCAGCGGCGUUUCCUGCACAGCUUGGUCCUUCACAGAGGGUUUCGCUGCCUGACAGCGGUCACAAACAGACGGGCUGAGCUUCAGCUGCACUCCGCUGUUAGCAGACGCUGCUCCACGGUGCAGGGCGAGGUGAGGGUCCGGUUUGCCCCCAGUCCCACAGGCUUCUUACACCUCGGAGGUCUCCGAACUGCUCUAUACAAUUAUAUCUUUGCAAAAAAGUAUGGAGGCUCAUUCAUCCUGCGACUGGAGGACACUGAUCAGAGCAGACUGGUACCAGGAGCUGCUGAGUCCAUAGAGGACAUGCUGGAGUGGGCUGGUAUACCUCCAGACGAGAGUCCUCGCCGAGGCGGGCCGGUGGGUCCAUACCUGCAGUCUCAGAGACUGGACCUCUACAGUCAGACAGCUCAGCAGCUUGUCGAGAGUGGUCAUGCUUACUACUGUUUCUGCAGCUCUCAGAGGCUGGAGCUACUGAGAAAAGAGGCUUUGAGGACUGCACAGACUCCAAAGUAUGACAACAGGUGUCGGCACCUGCGGACCGACCAGGUCCAAGAGAAGCUGGCUCAGGGAGCAUCACACGUGAUCCGAUUUCGUCUGGAAACUGGCGUUGAUCCUUUUCAGGAUCUGAUCUUUGGAUGGAAUCGUCAUGAGGUGGCAGAGGUAGAGGGAGACCCAGUGGUGAUAAAAGCUGAUGGUUUUCCCACCUAUCACCUUGCUAACAUAGUAGAUGAUCAUUACAUGAAGAUCAGCCAUGUGCUGCGGGGGUCUGAGUGGCUCAUCUCCACCUCUAAGCAUCUCCUCAUGUACCAGGCUCUUGGAUGGCAGCCGCCCACCUUCGGACAUCUGCCACUUCUGUUGAACAAAGACGGUAGUAAACUGUCUAAGAGACAAGGGGACAUAUUCAUUCAAAGCUUCCAGAGAGACGGGGUCCUGCAGGAGGCUCUGCUGGAUAUCACAACCAACUGUGGAUCUGGAUUCAACACUAAUCGAAUGGGGCGGAGGAUUGAUGAACUGAUAUCUGAGUUUAAUCCUUCAAAGAUCACAACUCAUUCUGCUUUGUUAGACCUGGAAAAACUACCAGAGUUCAACAGAAUCCACCUGCAGCAGCGAAUUGAAGACGAGGAGCAGUGCAAUUUGCUGAUAAAAGACCUGCGGGGACAAAUCCAGCAGGCUCACACAACAGAGAUUCAGGAUAAAGAAGUGCUACACGAGGAUUAUAUCAGGCGUGUGCUACAGCUUCGUAAGGGUCACAUAUCCUCCCUGAAGGAGCUCGUAAGCCCUCUUUACGCCUACCUGUGGGUGCGUCCUUCCUUCUCCAGCCAACAGGUGGCAGCACUCACUGCAGAGGCCCCGCACGUAGCUUCUUUAGUGCUGAGGUUGAUAGAGGAGCGGGGUGAGGAGCUGUCGGUGGAUCAACUCAGUAAAGACCUUAAGACUCUGGCAAAGCAGACGAAAGCCACCAAGUACAGAGAAUUGAUGAAGCUGUUGCGUCUGGUUCUCAGUGGUUUGCAGCAAGGUCCCAGUGUUGCUGAGAUGAUGGUGUCUCUGGGGCCUGCAGAGAUCAGCCAUCGAUUCCAGAAACUUCUGCUGCUUUCUGACAAUAAUUAAAGACUGGACAGUCCGUCACCACAUCACCUUACAUUCACUCUGCUGACGGAACCUGAAGACAACUGCUUCUGUUGGACUUGGACCGUAUGUUGGGAACUACAUGCUUUACCUCACAUGUGGUGAUUCUGCCAAAGCUAAAUGGGCCACAUUGGACAUGAACUGACAACCUCUGAUAUGUUGAGUAAUAGUUGAAUUAUUGCAAAUGUUUUAUAAAAGAGCUGAGAACUAA